CCCCUCCUCAGGAAUGGCUUGCAGAGUUGGCAAUGUCGUCUUCUCAUUUCGCACACACACACACACACAUCAGUUGCUCUCUGUGACUCUGUAUAUAUAUCACACUCUCGGCAGUUCAGCUGCUGCAAUCCCUCUACCUAAUGAUUUUCCUCUCUCACUUGUAUUCGUUUUUCUCUUUCUCUCUCUAUCUCUCACUCAUCAUUCCUUCAUUUAUUUAUUCACUAUACGCCAUUCAUUUCGCAUUUCCUUCAUUUCUCUGCUGCAUUCUAGCCCACUGAAUUUUGGAGUCUUUUGGAAAUUGCUUUUUGUUUCUGCUUUUGUGUGUUACAACGAUGCCGUUGGUGAGAGUGGAGGUGAGGAAUGAGUACGGGCUAGGAGCACCGGAGAUGUACAGGGAGGGGGACAAGCAAGACCCCAAGGAGAUUCUUCAAGGAGUAGCCGUGGCUGGCCUCGUCGGAGUCUUACGUCAGCUAGGUGAUCUCGCUGAUUUUGCAGCAGAAGUUUUUCAUGGCUUGCAGGAAGAAGUGGCGAUAACAUCUUCUAGAAGCCAUAAGUUGACGAGUCGUGCGCAACGAAUUGAAGCUGCCCUUUCUCCGAUUGAGAAGGCUCUACUGGCACAAAGGACCCACUUACACUUUGCUUACACUGCUGGUUCCUGUUGGCACGCUCGUCUCCAAUGUGAAAAAAAUCUUUUGGUAUGUAGUGAUGUGCCUCAAUUUGUGUUGGAUUCUUAUGAAGAUUGCUGCGGCCCUCCACGUUUGGACUUGCUUGAUAGGUUUGACCCUGGUGGCCCUGGAUCUUGCUUGAAGAGGUAUUCAGAUCCAACUUUCUUUAAGAGAGCAUCAGCGGCAUCUGGUGAAGCAGGGACACCAAAAGUUUCCAAAGCGAAUCAGGGUUACAAGAUUAAGAAAAGAAGGUCGUGGUCCAGGAAUAUAGAUGUGUCACAAAGGGCGUCGUUUUCAUAUCAAACCUGCAGCAUGAAGUUUGCUCAACUGAAUGUUGGUGGGCACGCUUCGCCUUCUCAAACAAUGUCCCCAUGUGAUGCUGCGUUAAGAUCAGAUUUGAGCGAACAUUCAUGUUUGGACUUGAGAAAUGGGUUUGGCCGCAUUGAAGGUGAUUUCCAUGGCAUUCACUCAAUGCAACCCAAAGAACAAGAAUCUAGAGAAUUUAUUGCUUCUCCUGUAAAGAGGCAUGACAGGGACUACCUUGACUACAAUUUCCUCAAGGAAAAAGUUUCAGAUGCACGUAAUGAUAUUCAGAUAAAUCUAACGCAAGAGCAAGGUGUCUGUACUUCAUAUUCUGCUAAUUGGGAUGAAAAGCCAGCAACAUUGCAGGAUGGUGAUCACGAUAGCGUGGCACAGGAGGAUGAACAUGAUAGAAAUCUGGAAUCAUUUCUCCUGAAAUUGGAUCUAGAAACUCUGAGUGAUGUUGCUGUCAAUAUUGAAAAACCAGAUGGCCAGAUUUGCAUUGAAGCUUUACCAACAUUUGGAUUUGGUGAUAUCCAUCUUGAUAACUUUGAAAGUGAAACAGAUCAUUUUACAGAUGCACUUAAUAGCAUUGACCCAGAGUCCCAAACUGAUAUUGACUGCAUCAGAAAGCCAGAAAUAGAUGAAUACUCUAAGUUGGAGGACAAAGCAGCUGAGGAUGGACUACCUGAAAUGAUUAAACAUAAUUCGGAAUGCCAAAACUCAAACCCUGAGUCUAAUAUAUGGGCCAACAGUUCUCUUAUAACUGGUGGUUGUGAACAUAAUCCCAUUCCAGUUUCGCCAAAUCCCCCUUCUGCAGCUUGCUGUUCUAUUAGUAGAGUAGCUACUAGGGAUGAAAGUAACUCACUCUCCCCAGUGGACGAGGCUUUACUACAAUCUGUUCAAAUGACUGGAGAAUUGUCGAAUCCAGGCAGCCUGCAGAGCAUUGAUUCUAGUUUGGGUGGCACUAAUGAUGGCAAGAAUGUAGCAUCUGUUUCAUGCGCAGUAUCUUCUAAUUUAAGGGAAAGUAGGUCGGCAAUGCUCGUUAUUGGUGAUAAAACGAGCAGUCUGGAGUCCCAGAAACCUGCACCAGAAACUUCUAAUGUUGCUUCAGUCACCAUCUGGACUAAUGGUGGCUUGCUAGGACUCCAGCCAUCAAAACCACCAGAUUUCAGUGUAUUAAAUGCUCUUCCCCAAGAUCCUCUGUCUACGAAAGAUGCGCAAAUUAGUUCUUCUACUCAGUAUCUUAUUAGCAGUGACAAAAAUCGAGCGGGCCCAGUUAAAAUAGAGAGCUCUCAAAAUAUUGCAGAAUGUCCGGAUAUGGAUAGCUCUAUGUGCCAGGAGAAGCAAGACAGUGGCAUAUCACCAAAGAAGACAUCUUGGAAAAUUUCUCCAGCUGAUUUAGACAUCAGAGUUGGGAAAAGAAGUGAUUCAUUUUCUCCAAAUAAUUUUAGCUCUAGCAAAGCCAGUGUAACAGCAUCUGGAAAUGUUCUGCCUGUCAAUCCAGAGUCCCUAGCUGCAACAAAGCUCCAGGAAGUUACAAAAAGUUCAUCUCGAAUGUUUGAACUCAGCAAUAAAUUGCUCAAACCAGGAUCCAGCAAAAAACUAUUGCAUGGUGGGGAUGAGAACUCAGGGCACACUAGCUAUCAAAAUGCAAAUGCUUUGAAGCAGAAAAAUCAUCAGAACUUUGCACAUCAAGCGUUUGCUGGACGAAACAGAGAUCUGUUUGGAGGUGAAUCCCAAAUACCCUCACCUCCUUCAUCACCUCCUCUUGCGCACAUGAAAAUAUCUUUCCAACCAAUAGAUGGCUUUGAGACUUCAAGGCUGAAACUAAAAUUUCCCUAUGGAAACACUAAUGAUGAAAGCAGCAGAGAUGUGUUUCCUUCAUUUCAGUUGGUACCCGAGGUGUCCAUUACUCAGCACAACAUCGGUUCAGACUCUGAGGAUGAUACAUUCCAUGGAUCAUCGCCUUCUUUAUCAGAUGAUUGUCAUAGGCAUCAGUCUGAAUCAAAUUCUGAGCAGCGGGAGUCCAGAAAGUCUCCUAGUACCAAGGACCCUGACUUGUAUGGCUCCCUCGGCAGAAUCUCUCUGACAGAAUCUUCAACAGUUAUGGGAAAUGGGAAAACUAGCCAUGGAGAUUUCCAUGACAACUUUGGAUCUCAAUUUCCUUUUGCUGAAAAUAGCAUGCAAGGUUCUCAUUCUUUUCAUUCAGUUGAUCUUCAAAGUAUGGAGACCCUAAAUCCCUCAUUACAAGAAGAACUCAGAAACGAUACCAAUUCAAAGGAUCUUGUGGAGCCAGAAGCUGCAACCACUCCUGAUCCUCCACCUUUACCUCCAGUUGAAUGGCGUGGUAUGAAGCCCCAGUUGGAAGUUAUACAAGACGGGUGCAAGGUGAUGCCCAAAGGCACUAAUUAUGCAUGUGAUGUUACGCAUUCAGCAUCCAUAAUAACUCAGCAACCUAAGCCAGCCCCCUUCAAUCAAGAUCAAAGUUUUGAGACCACAAAUGAGCAACAGAGCAAGAAGAGAUCACAUGGACUAAGAGAAGCUAAGCAGGGUAAGAGCAUGGAUGAAAAGAAGGACUUUCUCCAGCAAAUUAGAACAAAAUCAUUCAAUCUGAGACCAACGGUGGCUGCCAAAUCAACUGCGCCAUUAGGGGAAUCUCCCAAUAUCCAAGUCACUGCAAUUCUGAAGAAGGCAAAUGCCAUUCGCCAGGCUGUUGGAAGUGAUGAUGGAGAAGAUGAUGGUAACUGGAGUGACACUUAAUGCUGACUGGUCAUGAAUGUAUCAGUACAGGUUAGGGGUAUGCUCUGGUAAAUAUUUGUGUAUAGCCCAAAAUUUCUUCGUCUAAUUAAUCUGAGGUAUCUUUGGUGUUUUAUAAAUAGCGUUACUGAUCUACUUAAGUAUAUGUGAGCUGGUAUAUAUAUAUAUAUAUAUGCACGACUUAUAAAUCCCAUUUUUGGAAACGCAUAAACAGUUCUGUGAAAGUUGACAUGGUUAAAAUAGGCGAAAU